CGUGACGUGCGCGUUUCAUCCCUUGAUACCUGAUUCCCGCCAAAAAGUCGCGCGGUACUCCGCGGUCAUGUUCUCCUGGAUAUAAAACUGCGCUUGCGAGGACCCGACGCGCGCUGCUCCGUUAUGUCCGAGUCCGUAAAAGUAGCGGUGAGAUGUCGGCCUAUGUCCAACAAAGAGCUGCAGCAAGGAUGCCGAAAUGUAGUGACGAUCGAUCCACUGACGAAAUCCUGCACAUUGGAAAGUUCCGCCGCCGCCGGAAGCGGGAAGGUAUACCAAUUCGACGCCGCCUUUGGCACGUCCGCUACCACAGAAUCGGUGUACGAAAACGUCGGCUCGGUGAUCGUCGAGGCUGUUUUGGAGGGUUACAAUGGCACCGUGUUCGCUUACGGGCAGACCGGCUGUGGGAAAUCGUUCACGAUGCGGAGCUUCAUCGAACGGGCGCUGGAGCAUCUGUUCGAGGCAACUUCGACCGCCAGUUCCGAAACGAGGUACUUAGCAUUGCUGAGCUACCUCGAGAUCUACAACGAGCGGCUGCGCGACCUGCUGCAAGACGACACCGGUGAGAGUCUGACACUGAAGGAAGAUCCGACGCGAGGCACCUACGUUGCAGGUGGCCUACGCGAGGUCACGGUGAAGGAUGCCGCCGAGUGCACCGCGCUGGUGCAUCAAGGUGACCAGAGGAGAGCCGCGGCCGCAACGAAGAUGAACGCGGCGAGCUCGCGUAGUCACGCGGUGCUGACGUUGUCGCUGGAGGCUAUCGCUAUCAACGACGACGACAGGCACGGCAACGCCAUCAAAAGGGGUCGGCUGCACUUGGUCGACCUCGCCGGUUCGGAAAGACAGGCCAGAACCGGUGCAACCGGCGAUCGGUUGAAGGAAGCAGCCAGCAUCAAUCUCAGCUUGUCCGCGUUAGGAAAUGUCAUUAGCGCCUUGGCUGCCGGCAACGGACGCCAUGUCCCAUACAGGGAUAGCAAGCUGACGAGGCUGCUGCGCGACAGUCUGGGCGGCAACGCGCGAACUCUGAUGAUCGCGUGCGUGAGCCCGAGCGACGUCGACGCUGAAGAGACUCUGAGCACCCUGCGCUACGCGGCCCGUGCGCGUUGCAUCAAAAACAAGCCGGUGGUGAAUGAGGACCCGAAGGAUGCGCUGUUGCGGCAAUACCAGUUGGAACUUCAGCGUCUGCGAGAGAUGCUGAACUCGAGCGACCAAUCGAUCGUGGGACAGGACUUCCAACGGGAAGCGGAUGAGGAGGCGGACAGUUUGAGGGAGAAGCAAUACCUCGAAGAGGUGGAGAGGCUGAGGAAAGAGUGCGAGAACUCGAACCUGUCGGCGCAGAAGCUGAAGGAAGAGCUGGAGGCUCUGAAGUCUCGCCACGAAUGGGAAUUAAACGAUGCCGGUGAGAUCGUUGGCGCCAAGGAGAGCGAGGUCCUGAACGAGUUGGGCCAGGAACGAGCGGAGAAGCGCAGGAAGAAGAGGGAGGCGGCGAUGCAAGAUGUUCUGAAGAAGCUGGAGAAGCUGACGAUCGGCGGCGAGGCGGUCGGCAAUACGGAGGUGAAGAAACGCAGGGAGAAGAGGAGAAAGAGGCUGGAGGCUCUCGUAGGAGCGCUCGAGGCUAACGACGCCAACAGUAGUGUCUUCCAGGUCUACGGCCAACUGAGGUCUACAGAGGACGCGCUGAAAAGGAUGGCGAAGAGGGUGAAACAGCUGGAGUCGGAAGCGGUGGAUCUUCAGGCGUCGUGGGACGCCGAACGUCGCGACCUGCUGCGCAGGGAACUGCUCACGUCGCAGCUGUGUGACCUGAUGGUGCCCCAGCUCCGUCCGGGUUGUCCGUUCCGCGAUAUCGCCGCAGUGAGAGCGGCGGCGACGUGGUGCGACGAACUCGGCCGAUGGCGCUUGCCGGAUGUAUCGCCGCACAUCCCCCUGCCGCCGGCCCCCGUGUCGUCGCAGAGGGACACUCUUCAUCCAGGCGGGAUCACACCGACCAAGGCGGACCUGAACAACAACAGUAACAACGGCAACAGCAGCAAUGACGACGAGAUUGCCGAGGAAAACGACGAGGACGGCGGUAAGAGCGGCGGCAGGAAGAAGUUCGACAUCGCGGACAUCUACUUCCGCAGGAAGAGGGUGGAUACACUUCUGGCGCAUGCCAGAGAGGUGAAGAAUAAGAAUUUCGAACUAGGUAGCCGGCUGAGCAGGUCCGGCGGUUCGGAGGACGCGGCGCCCAUUGCAGGCGGCUACUUGCAACUAAAUGCUUUGAACCUGCAAAGCAGCGCGCCAGUGCUCGGCGAGAUCAGCAGCGGUAGUUACAGCCCGAACCAACGACGGUCCGCCAUACGGGGUGGCUGGGUCGACGAGCAGCUGCCCAACCGGACCUACAACUCCUUCGUCGGCACCGUGAAGAAGCCUCCGCCUCGCAUCCUGGAGGCCUUGCCCUCGUAUCCGCAAGGCAACGCGCCCUUCAAGUCCUCCGUUGGAGAAACAACCUUGAAGGGAAUAUCUGAGCGAGGACUGCCGUCGAGAUUAAUACACGACAACGACGACUAUAGUAACCGUCAUCAUCCGUUCCAUAUCGGGCAUCCUAUUUCGCCGACUUACUGACGAGUAAGCCGGUAACUUCGUCGAAGAUCCGAGACCCUGGCUGUGUUGAAGAGACCAACAGAGAAGCUGUGUACGAGUGUGGAGAAGCAGGAGUCAAGGCGCCGAUGUCUGUAGCAAAAACUGUCGUUUCAACGUCAAGUGAAAAAUUGAAAAGUGCAAAUUACGAGACGUCAUGUUCUCGCUCUGAAUAUAUAUAUAUAUAUCAUGAUCUCCUUUUUAACUGUAGAACUCGACGAUGCGCGUGAAUAUUCCGAGAAACAUUGCUUCUCGUUUUCGUUUUACAUUCUCGUAUCCUGGAAUGGACAUCUUUUGACGCUUAAAAGAUUUCUCGAAUCGAGAAAUAUAAUUUUUACGAGCGCUAGCUAGUCGAGUUUCUGUUCGAUAGCAAUAUUUUUAUAUCGCCGAAAUGACGCGCGUACAAAUUUUACGAGGUGGCCUUUUUUCACGUACCUGAUCUGAUCUGCCUCACUUAACGGGCCUAAAAGUGAGAGUUCGGAAAGGAAACUGCGGAACAAUUUCAAGCGAGUAUACGGAACGUGCGCGUACUGAGUGGCGUAUGAUGAAGCAAUCGUGUCUCAAUAUGUUACAUUCGCCGCUUGAAAUAACGUAUUUUAAUAGUAUGAAAAGUAUGAAAAGAAAGAGAGAAUCAAAUGUUUAAAUUAAUAUUUUUACUGUUACAAAUUAACACUUUACUGUCGGAUGACGUAGUACCACGUCUUCUCAAAAGCAAAAGCUGAGAGCGGUUGAUGUAGUAGUACAUGUUUCUUAAAUAAAAACUAGAAUAAUAAAAAAAACAAGGGAAAUCAAUUUUUCUAUAUAUAAAGCUU